GGGGGGGGGAGUUUGGUGGUGACUGAUUGAUUGAUUUGCAUAUUCGCACAUCGGUUUAUGGAUAUGGAUAUGGAUACGGAUACGGGUGGGAUUCGAUUCCUCCGGUAUAUUAAUAUUUUCGUCCUGGCGGAACCAGACCGGCUGGGAAGGGAAGGGAGAGGAGCGACGGGACUGGCUACUGUCUUGCGGGUUCGAGAUGUGGUCUUAACUCUUCUGGUCGAGCUUCUUUCCCUUGCGAUGGGUGUCUGUCUGGCUCUCUGCAUACAUACAUACGGACUUUCUCACUUGCCUACUUGCUUUGUUUGCCUGGUUGUUUGUUUUGCCUGUCUCUAGGUAUAUGAUCACCUCAGCUGGCUGGCUAGCUGGCUACUUGCUGCGCUGUUUGGUAUUUGUUGUCUAUGAUAUAUGACAGACAUGACCGAGCUUGUACAUGUAUAAUACUAUACUACGCUAUACUAUAAUUUACUUUUCAGCUGUUUGAUC